AUGUCUGUUGAAGGUAACCCGGAUGCUACUGAGCUCGAGAAAGCUUCUGAAAAGAGUAACACCAAUGAAUUGGGUACUCAAGGUUCCAAAUGGGAAUCGUUUUGUAUCAACAAUUCCGACCUUCCCAAGUUCCAAUUGACUUCGACUCCUGGUAAUUUCUAUCCUAAUUCACCUCGGUAUGAGAAUGUAAAGAUCUACUUGAGGGAUUUCGAGAAAAUUGUUAAGGCUUCGACGGAUCAUAUUGAUGUUGUAUGGAAAAGACUCAUUGAAGUCAACAUCCCUCGCAUUUAUGAUGAGUGGGUUGAAAAUGAGCUUACUCAUUGCAACAUUUGGGCUGAGGCAAAGGCGUUGUUUGGGAUGAAGUUUGGCUCUUUCCGAGGCCGUGAAAAAGCUAUUUGA